CCGGGGGCCCGGGCGGCUCCGGGCCGGGGCCCCGCCGCGGGACGGACCAUGCUACGCUCCACCGGCUUCUUCCGGACCAUCGACUGCCCCUAUUGGGCCGGGUCGCCUGGGGGACCCUGCCGGCGGCCCUACUGCCACUUCCGGCACCGCGGGGCCCGGGGCCCGGGCUCACCUGGAGAAGGCGGAGCGGCGCCCCCCGCAGCAGGGCUCGGUUAUGACCCGUACAACCCCGAGCUGCCCAAGCCCCCUGCCCAGAGGGAGAAUGGCGCCCUGGGCAGAGGUGCCGAGCCCCGCUCAGACAUUCUGGAGCUGGAGCUGGUCAACCAGGCCAUCGAGGCCGUGCGCUCUGAGGUGGAGCUGGAGCAGAGGCGCUACCGGGAGCUCCUGGAGACGGCCCGGGAGCACGGCUCGGCCGAGGCCCCUGCCCUGGCGCCCCACGGCCCCACUGCCGGCCUGGAUGGGGACACCUUCCCUCUGUCCUUCGAAUACAACCCUGGCGGCCAUGGCCUGUUAAGCCCUGAUGCCAGCUACCAGCCCACGCCUCUGGCCAGCCACACCGAGCCUGGCACCAAGUACUCGCUGGCCUCUCUGGACCGGGGUCAGGGCCAUGGUGGAGGGGCUGGUGGCACCCUGGAGUACGUCCCCAAGGCCGUGGGCCAGCCCCGGCGGUAUGGCCGCCCCGUCUCCAGCGGCAAGUACGUAGUGGACAACUCCAAGCCAUCUACAGACCUGGAAUACGACCCCCUGUCCAACUUCUCCGCCCGCCUGCUCAGCAGGGCCAGCACCAAGGACGACAGGGCCCCCAAGCGGCCCCGGGGCUCCCGCGGCAGUGAGCCCUACACACCUGCACCCAAGAAGCCCUGUGACCCCUUCGGUGGCUGCGACGCCAGGUUCUCAGACUCUGACGAUGAUACCGCUGCUGCUCCGGGCGACAGGCCCGCCACCGCCAGCCCCCCGAGAGCCCGAGCGGGCCCUGAGAGCAAGGCCCCGGGGAAGCCGGGCUCUAGGGAGGGCCCAGAGCCUGAGGAGGGCAGCCUUCGGGAGACCAAGGAGAUGGCCGUGCAGUACGACGUGGGGGACCUUGGUCAGCCUGCCAAGGGCCCAGGCGGGCUGCCUCCUGCCAAGCCCAGCUCCCCGGGCAGGGCCUCGCAGGAGCGCAGCAGCCCCAAGGAGGGGAGACCCAAGAAGAAGAAAAGCGGGGGGCCGCCAGCCGCCGGCCGCAAGGAUGGUGUUGGGAAGACAGGCAGGGGUCAGGAUGGAGAGCAUGGGAGGCCAGCCGAGAAGCCCUGUGUGGACAGGAGGGGCCCGCGGGCCGGCAGCCCCCGGCACAGGGCGGAGCGGCCCCAAGGGACCAAGAAGAAGCCAUCUUCAGCCACUCCGGUGGCCAGCUCAGGGAAAGGCCAGCCCGAGGGGCCGGGACCGCGGCCCAGCCCCGCACAAGGGGCCGCCCACCAGCUGCCAGACAGGACGGGCAGGAAGACCCCGUCAGGGAAGCUGGCACAGCGGAAGGCCCGCUCGCUGGAUGAGGGUGCCCCCCGGGGUGCCCCCAAGCUGCCGAGGCGGGCCCUGAGCCACGCCGAGCUCUUCGGGGAUGAGAGCGAGGACGAGGACCCGGGGCCCGAGGCGCCCACCCCGCGGCCGCCCGCCCUCCCCAGCCUCAGCUCCAGCUCCGAUUCGGACUCGGACUCCAGCCUGGGCCUCUGCGGCGCGCGGGGGCCGCCCAAACGCCUCAAGGCCUCCCCGCCCCCCUCGGCCAGCCGGUCCUCCCCUCCCCCCCACUCCUCCUCCUCCUCGGGGGCGGGCUCCGACGUGGGCUACUCGGCCCUGGAGAAGGAGGUCGACUCUGACUCCGACCCCAUGGAGGAGUGCCUGCGCAUUUUCAACGAGUCCACCGCUGUCAAGACGGAGGACAAGGGCCGCCUGGCCCGGCAGCCCCCCAAGGAGGAGAAGACCGAGGAACAGGGGCGCCCGGGCCUGACCACUCUGUUUCCUGGGCAGAAGAGGAGGAUCUCUCACCUCUCCAAGCAAGGCAAGGAGGCAGAGCCCACAAGCAGAGGCCCAGCGCCUCCUACCCGUCCCCCGACUGCCCAGGAGGUGUGCUACCGCCGGGCCCAGCAGGCACAGAGGGAGUCAGCCAGCCGGCUCCAGGCUGCCCAGCCACUGGCCGAGAAGCAGUCCUCCGUGCACAUCUCAGCCCCCGGAGAGAAGAGGAGGAUUGCCCACGUCCCCAACCCCCUCCUGGCUGCAGCCCCUACAGGUGCCAAGAGGACCCUCUCGGCCAGCAGCAGCCAGCCCCCCAGUGGCCCCGAGCCGGGCAGCCAGCCCCUGAAGACGCGCACGUUGUCGGGCAUGGCGUCCAAGACUACUGCCACCGUGGCCCCCAAGCGUGUGGCGCACAGUCCAUCCUUACAGAGUUUAAAGAAGCCUGUUAUCCCAAAAGAGUUCGGGGGCAAAGUCCCCACUGUCAUCCGCCAGCGCUAUCUCAACCUGUUCAUUGAAGAGUGCCUCAAGUUUUGCUCUUCUAACCAGGAAGCCAUAGAGAAGGCGCUCAACGAGGAGAAGGUGGCCUACGACCGGAGCCCCAGCAAGAAUAUCUACCUGAACGUGGCCGUGAACACCCUCAAGAAGCUGCGCGGCCUGGGCCCUGGCACCGGGCCUGGUCUCAACAAACCCAGCGGCCGGAGGGUGGUGUCCCAUGAAGUGGUGCUGGGGGGCAAGUUGGCUGCCAAGACUAGCUUUUCGCUCAGCCGUCCCAGCAGCCCCCGCGUGGAGGAUCUGAAAGGGGCCGCCCUGUACAGCCGCCUCAAGGAGUACCUGCUCUCCGAGGCCCAGCUCAAGGAGAACGGCUACCCCUUUCCGCACCCCGAGAAGCCAGGCGGCGCCGUCAUCUUCACGGCCGAGGAGAAGCAGCCCAAGGACCCCACCUGCAGGGUCUGCUGCCGCUGCGGCGCCGAGUACCUCGUGUCCUCCGCCGGCCGCUGCAUGCGCGACGAGGAGUGUUACUACCACUGGGGGCGGCUCCGCCGGAACCGAGUGGCAGGGGGCUGGGAGACUCAGUACACGUGCUGCUCGGCCGCCAUUGGCUCCGCUGGCUGUCAGGUCGCCAAGCAACACGUGCAGGACGGCCGGAAGGAAAACCUCGAAGGGUUUGUGAAGACCUUUGAGAAAGAACUUUCAGGAGAUGCACACCCAGGAGUCUACGCCCUCGACUGUGAAAUGUCUUACACCACGUAUGGCCUAGAGCUGACGCGCGUCACGGUCGUGGACACGGAGCUCCAGGUUGUGUACGACACCUUUGUCAGGCCGGACAAUGAGAUCGUGGACUAUAACACUAGGUUUUCAGGGGUGACUGAGGCCGACCUCACGGACACGAGCAUCUCGCUGCGGGAUGUCCAGGCCGUCUUGCUGAGCAUGUUCAGUUCAGACACCAUCCUCAUUGGCCACAGCCUGGAGAGCGACCUGCUGGCCUUGAAGGUCAUCCAUAGCACCGUGGUGGACACGUCCGUGUUAUUCCCGCAUCGCCUGGGCCUUCCCUACAAGCGCUCCCUGCGGAAUCUCAUGGCCGACUACCUCAGACAGAUCAUCCAGGACAAUGUGGACGGGCACAGCUCCAGUGAGGACGCCAGCGCCUGCAUGCACCUGGUGAUCUGGAAGAUCCGCGAAGACGCCAAGACCAAGCGGUGACCGCCGCCUGCCCGCCCGCCCCCCCGCCCGCCUCUCCUGCCGCCCCGGCCCGUUCUCUACCCUAGGCCUCUUCCAAAACAGUGCAAUAAAUCUCGAGAUCUAA